AUGAGCAAGAAGUUUAUUGCCCAUGGCGUCGAAGAGGAGGACGAUGCUGUGGACUGCGAGGGGCUCCUUCAGGUCUGCGAGGCCUUGUCAAAAGUGUUGGAGCUGCCUCUGGCGGCCUUCGGUGACUUGCAAAAUAAUUUCCUUUGCUUCGACUUCGAUGGCAGUGGCAUGCUCGAGGUGAACGAAGUCUAUAAGGUCGUGAAGCACCAGCUACGACAAUACCGCAAGACUCUGGGUGGGGAGACCGCAGUGGUGAACAUGCCUUUCCGCACCCUCACGCAAGCUGGCUUCACCGUUUACAAGGAGCUGGGGCGCGGCAGCCAGGGCGUGGCGAAGCUCGCCAAGGAUCCGACCGGCCGUGAGUUCUGCGUCAAGUGCUUGAAGAAAGACACGAUGAGUGCAGCAGGCAUCGAAGAGCUGCAAGAAGAGUUUCAGACGCUACAGCUUCUGGCGCACGACAACAUCGCCCAGGUCUUUGAGAUCUUUCAGGAUGCUCAGUUCUACUACAUGGUCGGCGAGCCUUACCACGGCGGUGACUUCAUGACGCUGACUCAGCGCGCCAAGGAGCAGCAGGUGCCCAUGACCGAGGAUUGGUGGCGCGGCAUCUUUCGGCAAUGCGCGGAGGCUUUGGAGUUCAUGCACGAGCAGUCCAUGAUGCAUUGCGACAUCAAGGAGCCCAACAUUAUGAUCAAGUCGCGGGACUUCCGGCAGCCGGAGGUGGUCGUCAUCGAUUUCGGCGUUUGCAGGGCCAUGGUCACCGCACCAAACGGAAUGCCAGGCGGAACGCCGGGCUACAUGCCCCCGGAGACCAUCCAGCAGCGCAAGUGGCUGCCGCGAGGUGACGUGUUCUGCCUGGGCGUAACCUUCAUUCAGGUCCUCUUGGACAAGAGCCCGCCGACGGGGCCGAGAACAACCGCCACUCCAGGCGGCAUCUUCGUGGAAGGUUGCCAGACGAUCCAGGACAUCUUCAAUGCCACCAUAACGCGCCGGGCGGCUCAGAAGUGGCCAGACGCCUCUUAUCAAACAGCUCCAAGGGUGGGAUGA